UUCUCCAGCUGCUGUGGAGUGGGACCUCUGUGGCGUCACGCAGUAUCACCGAGCAACAAACGGCCAAAAUGUAGAGGGAAAAGCAGCCAUGCACCUCUUUCUGAAAGGAGGUGUGAAGUGGACUUGGUAGCAGUCAUAAAACUUUGCGCUGUUGUUUUUUACGCAUCAGAGACGCGCAAUAAAUCGUGCGUAAAAGUGAGUCAGAGAGUGGCGGAACUUCUGUUUUGACACAGGCGUUUUCUUGGAUGAGAUGGAUGUGUUGGUGAGUCCUUGGGACGAAAAGACUGACAGUGUGGAGAACAAUUAUUUCCAGCUUUACAGUUUAUGUCUACUUUCCUGAAUUUGGCGAAAGCGCCAGAGCGGAGAGCGGAGCGCAGCGGGGCAGCAGAUGCUGGACAGUGACUAAGCCGUACGGCUGGAAAGCUCAUGAAUUGAAUUUGUCUGGAGCGCAGACUUUAUGUAAGAAGUAGGACAAGCAUAACGCCGCCCAACUAGUUCAUUCCGUCAUGCGUAGAGCCGCUUCGUCUUCCAGCACCAUGCAGCUCCUAAGGUCCAACUCUGCAGAAAGUUGCAGCUAGCUGAUGCCACGAAUCCAGCAGGAGUUAGUGGAAAGUUUGUGCGCUCGCAUCCUUCUGACUACCUCUUUUUAACAUGCAAGAGGGCGUCGAGUGUGCUGCGGCUGACAGCUGCUCGGACGGAGAGAGCAUCAGCCUCAGCGUGCUCAACUGGGAGCAAGUGCAGCGGCUGGACACCAUCCUCACCGGCUCCAUCCCCAUCCACGGCCGCUGGAGCUUCCCCACUUUGGAGGUAAAGCCACGGGACAUUGUAAAGGUGGUCCGGAGCCGCAUGGAGGAGAAGCGGAUACAUGUCCGGGAGGUGCGCUUGAACGGAUCCGCGGCCAGCCACGUCCUGCACGAGGACAGCGGGCUGGGAUGGAAAGAUUUGGACUUGAUAUUCUGCGCCGAGCUGAAAGGAGAGAUGGAGUUUCAGAUAGUGAAAGAUAUAGUGCUAGACUCUCUGCUUGACUUCCUGCCUGAAGGAGUGAAUAAAGAAAAGAUCACACCAGUGACUUUAAAGGAGGCCUAUGUGCAGAAGAUGGUAAAGGUGUGCAAUGACUCUGAUCGCUGGAGCCUCAUCUCGCUCUCUAACAACCGCGGCAAGAACGUAGAGCUCAAGUUCGUGGACUCCCUUCGACGGCAGUUUGAGUUCAGUGUGGACUCCUUUCAGAUCCGCCUGGACUCUCUCCUCCUCUUCUACGAGUGCUCGGAGCAUCCCAUGGCUGCCACGUUCCACCCCACAAUACUCGGGGAGAGCGUUUACGGCGACUUCCCAACCGCCCUGGAUCACCUGCGCAAGCGCCUCAUCUGCACGAGAAGCCCGGAGGAGAUCCGAGGCGGAGGUUUGCUGAAAUACUGCCACCUCCUGGUGCGGGGUUUCCGUGCAGCUUCGGACAAUGAGAUGAAACUGCUGCAGCGCUACAUGUGCUCGCGCUUUUUCAUAGACUUCCCCGACGUGAGCGAGCAGAGGAGGAAGCUUGAGUCUUACCUGCAGAACCACUUUGUAGACUUGGAGGACAGGAAGUACGACUACCUGGCCACGCUGUAUGACGUGGUGCAGGAGAGUACGGUGUGCCUGAUGGGCCACGAAAGGCGUCAAACGCUCAGUCUCAUCUCGUCGUUGGCACUGCGGGUGCUGGCCGAGCAGAACGCCAUCCCCAACGCUGCCAACGUCACGUGUUUCUACCAGCCAGCUCCUUACGUCUCAGAUGGCAACUUCAGCAACUAUUAUGUAGCGCAGGUUCAGCCGGUCUACCCCUGCCCUCCUUCACCACCUCAGCAUUACCUUUCUCCUCCGCAACAUCCAAUGUACGCCACCUGGUUGCCCUGUAAUUAAACUUUCAAUAAGUGGAACCUAUACACCUUUAAAAGGGAGAAAUGAUCUUUAAUCUCUUACUUGAGAUGAGUCAAAUGAGACAAGGAAGUCUAGGCAGCAAAAUCAGACAAAGAGAAUUUGAAAAAGAAAUAAAAGAAUGAGGACAAGAAAGCUGGAUCAAGGCAGCAGGCCAGAGAGAGGGUUUUCCCCAUUGUAGGGUGCCACAGCAGGAGGAGCUCAACGCAAAGGGAGCGAUGCCAACGACAGAGUUGGCCCAUCAGUUAAAUGAGUCUUUCAUCGAGGUCCGCUAUGUUACAGUUUGGCCUAAGCAGCCUGGAUAUGAUGAUUCUUCUUUUCCUGGUGUGAGUUACGACUCACUGGAACUCAAAUUUCAAAAGAUGAACAUGCAUAUAAAGCAGAUUAAAAAACCCAAAGACUCACAUAAGGCCCCAGAGAGAAACAGAAGACACACGUGAAGUGUUGGAGAUACUGAUUCACAGUCAAAGAAUGCUGACUUUCUGGCCUUUACCAUGUGCACUGUGUAUCUACCAUUUCACAGACAAUUCAGAAAGAGGAACUGGAUACUGUUUACAAAUCCAAAGAUCUACUUUCUUAACGUUAUCUGAAUCCUGAUAAGGAGAAAAAAAAACAACAAAACAAUGCAUGAUUUAUUUCUGUACAGGAAUAAUAUUCUUUAAGUGCCUAGAUGAAGCCUAAAGGGAAAAGAUAUUAUCUUUAGAGAGCUGUUCACUUGUCUAAUUGACAUUUAAAGGUGAUAAUGAAUGUUUUAUGGAACAGUUAGUUUACCUGCAGUAUGCUGAGAAAAGGUCUCUUACACUGAGGGAGAUUUGUAUUUGGUUUUCUUUUUGACAAAUGUUUAGUUGAAGGCUCUGCUCUUCUGCAGUCCUGCUGGAUGAACACACAUCCUGAUUACUACAGAGGAAGUAACAUAAUCUCAUCAUCUGUAGAGAGGGGGGUGGAGGUCAAAUUGCAAAUGGUUUUAAGAGAGAAGUUGAUGAUCAUUAUGAGACAGAAUGGGCAAAGAAAAUAAAGGUUUGGUAUUAAGGGGAAAAUAACCUCACUUAUCUGCAGGUUUAGUGGAUUGCAGAACAAGUUGAAGCAAGCAUGGCUUGAUAAGUAAAGAGCUGUAAAUCAGGGGGGAAAGACAACUUAAUGAGAUGAAAUGUAACAAAACAAAUCGAGUCUGGAAAAAGUGAGACAAGGAUGGGUUUAAAUGGAUGAAUUUGAAAUAUUAUGCUUUCUUAAAGGUGCUCUGGGGGAUUUUGUUUUUUGGUUAACUUAAAAAAAAAAAAAAAUUAUUUGUAGUGUUUCUCACUAAAGCUCAUGUUUGCAUCCUUGAGGUGAAACAAGAAGUUACUGAAGGGUUUCCAUGCUUAAAAACAAGCUUUUCAGGCUAUCUUUUUAAAAACCUAAGUCUUGUUUACAUCUCAGUGUCUUCUUUCGCUCUAAAGACGCUGCAUCCACUUUUAUCUACUGCUUCCCAUUUAAGUAAAAAAAGAUAGUCUGAUAUGAAUCUUUGCAUGUGUGCAUUAGCACAAUAUAACUAGGGUUGUCAAGAUUAAAUGCAUUAAUCGCAAUUAACUAUGAUCCACAAUUAGCGUGCUCAGUUUUAAAAUUGCGAUUAAUCUUAUGUUUUGUUGUUCCUUUCAUCACAGUUUGGUUAAGGCAUGUCAUUGUCUCACUGCAGCCACAGUGAUGUAAAAAUAGUCCACCUCUGCUCCUAAAUGUCUCAUUUUGCCUGUACAAAUUUUCAGACAGCUCAGCGGACAAGUCAAAAGUCUUUUUCACCAUGUGGUAUUGAAAAUCUAAUAUUUUACUGUCCCUGUAUUCCUUUUACAAUCCAUAACAAGUUCCUUUUCCUGGUCAGCGUCAUACCAUAAACUUUAGUCUACCUAUUUAAGUAGGCCUGUAUACAAACACAAAGUCAGUUACCCUUAGUUUAAGACCCAAAUGACAGAAUUUAAAAAAAAAUGCAUAAUAGAAUUUUAAAUUGCAAUGAAAGGGUGCAAUAAAUCACAAUGAACUACAGAAAUCUUGAGAUUAAAAGCAAUUAAAUGUUUUAAUCUUUUGACAGCCCUAACAUAAACAUACUAAAAAUUGCUUGGCUCUCUUUAGCUAUUUAUGGUCAAAACUCUACAGACCCCUUUAAUUUUAUGUCUUUUUAAAAACUCAAAUAUGUAAAAGCAUAAUUUCACAUGAUUUUUACACCAUUAUCAGCAAUUUUAACAUGCAAAAUGCACUGUAAAAAAUUUUCCAUGUAAGCCAGAGAAGAGAGAACGUCUGCGCCACUUGCUGAUACAACAUGUUGUGUUUGUCAGAGGGGUGGAGGUUGGAUUGUGUGUGCAGGGAUGUAGCAGCAGAGCAGCUUUUGAAUGUCGAGUUAAGUUGUACAACUUUAAGAGUCAGACACCCAGCUGAGGAAAAUGUUUUCCAAAAAAAUGUGCUGCGUAGAAGUCUGAAAAUCCUCCAAAAUGACGUAAGUGCAGUAAAUAGCAAAUGCAUAUUUCAUCUUCUCUUUUAUGGAAAGGUUUGAUUCAGGAUGUGUGGAAAAUGGAGUUGCAAGAGCAUAUGAAAGCUGUCAAAUUUUAUCUCCCUUAGCACAGACUAGAACCAGCAAAUGAGGAAUAAUGUGGAGAACAGCUGAAGAACAACCACACAGAUAUUUGAACAGCAAUAAGACAAGGAGUGUCUGUGAUUAUGAAAUUAACUGGUGUACAUUUUCAGCUUUAUGAGUGCAAAAGACUCAGCAUAUUCUUUCAAACACGUCAGAUCUACUAUUUUUCUAUCAAUCUCUAUUUUUGUACAGUUUGUGUUUUCGGCUGAUGUAGCAGGCAGAUUCAAAGCUGUUUUGUUGAGUCUCUUUUUGUGGUGUGAGCGAAUUUGUGUCUAUUUGUGGCUGAUAAAGAGCAGCGCAGGUGGACACACUGGCUUUGUAAAGAUGCAGAUUUAACUUGUGUUCAUUGUAUGUGUGCUCUGAGCUGUUUUAUGGGUUUUCUGUUGCUCUAAAGAGAUUGUUACAUUGUUUUUAACUGUCGUCCUAAGGGGACAUGAAAAUACUGAGAUGAUAAAUGUGUUCAAGUUGACUGACUUGAGAAUUAAAAAUGAAGAAAGACCAUCAAACCAGAGCUGUUUGGUUCAGUUUUUUUUGUCAUUACUUGACACGCAGAUGUUUAAUAAGUUUUCCAGAAGUUUCACCUCUUAGCUGUGAUAUACCACACAGGUUUUAAGAUUUGGGGCCCAGACUCAGCAGGUCAAUGCCCUACUGUGCCCGCACAAUCCCAGAGGGCAUGGGAACAGCUGCCAGCAAGUGACAGCUGAACGUAACGGAUUUCCCCUUCAAGAGACGUCACGAUGAGCGUCAUAAACCGUCAACUGCCGUCAUUGCACGCUUUGCCAAGGCUUCAUUAGCUCUGAAUGUUUAACACCAGCAGGUAGAUUUCAUGAAAUGCACAGACCUUACUACCAGCAGAGCCUUGAUCUCCAGGGACACAUGUGAACUGACUGAGGAGA